UUGAACUUUGGUGUUUUGGUGUGAUCGCCUCGACUAAAAAGGCGAGAAAACUCAGAAAACAUUAAGAAAACUUCAUGAAAUGUCUCGUAGACCUCAUAAUUGUUGCCUGACAUCGUGUUUUAGAUGUUGCCAAAAACCAAGAAGAAUAGGAGAUGAAGAACUAGAAUCUGUAGCAUCCAGCCAACAUGGACAUCACCAUCUGCAUUUACCCACAAAAGACUAUGAUAGUCUCGACUAUGAUACGUGCUAUAGUCAAAUCCAUACUGAUAUGUUGGAGGCUAAGACGUCUUGGGCGAGUCAACAUCUUGAAGUCUUCCGAUGGAUCAUGACGGCUGCCAUUGGCAUCUUGACAGGAUUGGUAGCUGUAUUUAUCAACUACUUUGUCGGAUUGCUGAGCAACUUGAAACUGGGAACAGUUGAUAAUUACUUGGGUGAUUGUUCCAAGUACAGCUGCCUUGGUGUCCCUCUCAUGAUCCUUCUAGCUUUCAACAUGACCUUUGUUCUCAUAGCGAGCCUGUUGGUGGCACUCGAGCCAAUCGCUGGUGGAUCUGGUAUACCCGAGAUCAAGUGUUAUCUGAAUGGUGUCAAGGUGCCACAUGUAGUCCGACUGAAGACACUGGUGUCCAAGGCUGUAGGGGUACUCUUUAGUGUGGCAGGAGGUAUAUUUGUUGGAAAAGAAGGGCCGAUGAUUCACAGUGGUGCGAUUGUUGGAGCAGGUAUCCCACAAUUCCAAAGCAUCACAUUCCGCAAGUUCAACUUCAACUUUCCAUAUUUUAGAACUGAUAGAGAUAAAAGAGACUUUGUUUCAGGCGGAGCAGCAGCAGGGGUAGCAGCUGCCUUUGGGUCACCUAUAGGGGGCGUUCUGUUCAGCUUGGAAGAAGGUUCAUCGUUUUGGAACCAAGCGUUGACUUGGAGAACAUUUUUCUGUGCGAUGUGUGCCACUUUUGCUCUCAAUUUCCUCAUGUCUGGAAUCAACCUCGGGGAGUGGGGCGGACUCAGCCAGCCGGGACUUAUCGACUUUGGAUUAUUCAAGUGUGGUUCAGGGAAAUGCAAUUUGUGGACGGCAUUUGAUUUGCUCAUCUUCAUCGCUAUGGGCUUUGUUGGCGGGCUGUUGGGGGCGCUCUUCAACGCCAUCAAUACCUUCAUCACGGUGUGUCGUCUGCAGAAUCCAAUUAUGAGACGUAAAGUUGCUAGGGUUUUGGAGGCAGUCCUUGUUGCCUUGGUUACAACUCUUGUCGCUUUUCUUGCUGCCAUGACGAUGGGACAGUGUAAGCUGCUUCCAGCAUCGAAUUCGACAUCACCUGCUGAGAUCGGCUCCUCUGUGAGGACUUAUUUCUGCCCUGAAGGUUAUUACAAUGACAUGGCCACCCUCUUCUUCAACCCCCAGGAGGAAGCCAUCAAGCAACUCUUCCACCAGGAGGGUACUUUUAGCCUUCAGUCCCUCGGGCUGUUCUUCAUGUAUUUCUUCUUCCUGUCCUGUUGGACGUACGGAUCAGCAGUACCCAGUGGACUAUUUGUACCUUGCUUGCUGUGCGGAGCUGCCUAUGGGCGCUUUGUAGGAAAUGCAUUGAAAAGUUACUUAUCCUACACAAGGAUCUACUCGGGAACCUUUGCACUGGUUGGGUCUGCGGCUUUCCUCGGGGGUGUGGUUCGUAUGACGAUCAGCCUAACGGUCAUCAUGAUUGAGUCUACCAAUGAGAUCAGCUAUGGUCUUCCAAUCAUGGUCACACUCAUGGUUGCCAAGUGGUCAGGGGAUCUCUUCAACCAAGGUCUCUAUGACAUCCAUAUCAAGCUCAGAGGGGUGCCACUCCUAGAAUGGGAGACCAACAGAAAAAUUGAAAGACUUCGCGCCCAUGAUGUCAUGGAGCCUGACCUGGUCUACAUCUACCCCCACACCCGCGUCCACUCACUGAUCAAUAUCCUACGAACCACCACCCAUCAUGCCUUCCCUGUCGUCACGGAAACAGCACCCAGGCUAAAGGUCAAGAGGUCAGCUGAUGCAGUGACGAGCAGGAACAUGAUGUUCAAGAAUGCAACUCUGACGAGGGCGGGAGAAAGGAAGCUGAGGGGCCAGUCUGUCCUCAUGAGUGGCGUCCCUCAGACCAAUGAACUCUCUGUGACCUCUGGAAGACGACGGUUUCACUCAGAAUCAGGUGAUGCCACUCCUAGCUCUACCUCUGAUCAACCCACUGAGGACUCUAAUCCUGGAUCUGCUGCUGAGAAUGAUCAGGUUUUCCAGGAUGAAUAUCGACCUUUGACCUUCCAUGGUCUUCUACUCCGAGACCACUUGGUGACCCUCCUGCAGCAUGGGGCGUGCUAUCCUGAAAAUGUCUCUAGUUCAUGCCAGCCUCACGUUACCUAUGAAGAUAUGGUAGCCAGGUACCCAAGAUAUUUAGACAUCUACGACAUUGAUGUCACUAACAUCAAUGCAAACAAGAUAGUGGAUGUCAGCAAGUACAUGACGACGUGCCCGUACACCGUUUACCCGGACACACCCGCCCCCAAGGUCUUCAAUCUCUUCCGCACCAUGGGACUGAGACACCUGCCCGUCGUCAACUGCUUUGGAGAGAUCUUGGGAAUCAUCACCAGGCACAAUCUUACAGAGGAAUUCUUGGAGGAAAAGGAAGAAGAACUUCAUCAUAGAUCAACGAGAAGUCCAGUACUUGAGUAAAGAUUGCGUCAACUCCACUUCAAUAUCUUGCUAAAUUUCCUAUAUCCUUUAUAAUAUUAUGUGCCAUAUAAUAGUCUACUUAAAAUAUAAAUGUAUAAUUGUGUGCUAUAUAUUAUUUUCCUACAACAACCUACAUGUAUUUAAAUGAGUGAAUUAGAUUUAACACACAUUUCAAUGGGAUAUCAGUGAACUUGUAUUUAUGACGGUUUCAUGAAACGAUGCCCUGAACUCAUUUUAGAGGAAGAAGUGAAAGACGAAUAUGUAAUUAAAUAAUCCCUGCAUGAAAUGACCCAUUACUUUACACAUAUUCAUUGGGUACAUGUUA